UGUUCUCGUCAAAGACAAAGUUCUGGUUGGGUCUACAGUACGACGGCAGCCAGUGGGUUUGGCCAGGAGGCUACUCAGCCGGCUUCACCAACUGGGCACCGGGUCAACCAGACUACAGAGUGGGCACUUGUGCUUACAUGCAGCAGUACACCGGAUUCAGAUCUGGAUGGUUCAGUGAAGACUGUGGAAACGACCACAACUACAUAUGCCAAUCGAAGCCAUGUGAUUCUACCAACUACUGUGCAGCCGGAUAGAGCCGCUACAAAUUUGUCUUCCAAACGAAUAUUUACUGACAUAGAAGUAAAGAACUUUGAGCAGACCUGCGAGAAGGAAGCUGAAGAGGCUGGUUCUUCGAUGAAAACACAUUCAAGAGAUGUACGGGCUCAAAAAUAA